AUGGCCACGUACAAGCCGGUGGUGGUUCAGGGGUUCCCUAAGCUCGGGGAGAGGAUCACGCAGGACACGGUGUACUGGCGGGGCUACAAGACACCUGUUCAGAUAAAGGAGUUUGGUGCAGUAAAUAAAAUUGACUUCUCCCCAGUUUCUCCAUAUAACUAUGCUGUCACAGCCUCCUCAAGGAUCCACAUUUAUGGUCGAUACUCUCAGGAACCUAUCAAAACAUUUUCUCGCUUCAAAGAUGCUGCUUACUGUGCCACAUACAGAGAUGAUGGCAAUCUGCUUGUUGCUGGUAGUGAGGAAGGGAGCAUACGCCUCUUUGAUGUUAGUGGAAGAGCACCUCUGAGACAAUUUGAUGGUCACACUAAACCCGUUCAUGUUGUGGGCUUCCUGUCUGAUAUGUACCGAAUAUUUUCUGCUGGUGAUGAUUAUGCGUCAAGUUUGUGGGAUAUCCCAAGUGGUACAGAAAUCAUUUCAUACAAUGAACAUACGGACUAUGUGAGAUGUGGCUGUCCAAGUAAAGUGAAUGCAGAUGUCUUUAUAACAGGUUCCUAUGAUCACACUGUGAAACUGUUUGACACACGAAUGAAAAAUAGUGUCAUGACAAUAGAACAUGGUCAGCCUGUGGAGAGUGUGCUCCUGUUCCCUUCCGGUGGGCUUCUAGUAUCUGCAGGAGGUCGAUAUGUCAAAGUUUGGGAUGUACUAAAAGGUGGACAAUUACUGGUUUCACUUAAAAAUCACCAUAAAACUGUAACUUGUUUAUGCCUGAACAGCUCUGGACAAAGGUUAUUGUCAGGAUCGCUGGACAGGCAUGUGAAGAUUUAUAGUACUACUUCUUACAAAGUAGUCCACAGCUUUAACUAUGCAACGUCCAUCCUCAGUCUGGCGUUGUCGCCUGAAGAUGAAACCAUAGUUGUAGGCAUGACCAAUGGAGUGCUAAAUGUUAAACACAGAAAACCUGAAGUAAGGAAAGAAAAGAGUGUGAAGAAGAGACAACCAGCAUAUAGAACCUAUGUGAAAGGAAGAACUUACAUGCCAAAACAGGAAGAUUUCUGUGUCAGUAAACCUGUAAAACGUGUUUUGAGGAAGUAUGACAAGCUGCUAAAGAGCUUUCAGUCUUCCAAGGCCCUUGAUGCAGUACUGGAGCCACCCAUCAGGCUUUAUACUCCUGAAGUUACAGUUGCAGUCAUGCAGGAACUACAUCGCAGAGGAACGCUGAGGAGCGCGCUUGCAGGCCGAGAUGAGAAGCAAAUCAAUCUUCUUCUUACCUUUGUGGCAAGGCGUGUGAUUGAUCCUAGAUUUACUUCUACACUGGUGACUGUUGCAGAUAUAAUCACUGACAUUUAUCAGCCUGUGGUUGGGCAGUCGGCAGUUGUUGAUAGACAGUUCUUGAAACUUCAGAAAGCCAUAGGAAAAGAGAUUGACUAUCAAGAGGAACUACUGGAAGUUUUGGGAAUGAUGGAUACACUGUUUGCUACUUUUACGAGGAAAAGAGCUGCUUAUCUAGAAGAGAGUAAAAGUAAUGGUCUUGGAGAGACCAUUGAAACAAGUAUGAAUAAUUGACUGACAACUAUCACCAAAAUUUGUCACAAAAAUAAUGUGGACUUGUGAAAUACCUGUUCUCCUGGUAACUUUUUGUAAUAGUGACUUUCAAAAUAAGCCUCUCAAGAUGUGGCUUUAAAUAGGCUGAAUUAUU